ACAAGUAUCAUCAAACAUAUAUUUAUUAAGAACUAAAAAUAUAUAUUGUUACAUUUAGUUGCAGCCUACGUGCAAUACCAAGAGCUAGUUUAGGUCAUGGGGGACUCAUCUUCUUCGGCUUCAUACAUUCACUUGGUGCAGCACCUGAUCGAAAAGUGUUUGAUCUUUCACAUGACAAAGGAAGAGUGCAUGGAAGCGCUCUCUAAACAUGCAAAUAUAAAUCCAACUAUAACAUCCACUGUGUGGAAUGAGCUAGAGAAGGUGAACAAGGAAUUUUUUGAGGCAUAUAAGAUGAAGCCAAAGAAUAAUGAAGAGAUAAUGAUGUCCCAGGAAGAGACAACUCGGAUGUUACAGAAGAUGAUCUCAGCUUCGGAUUCCUCUAAAGGUGCACAACACGACGAUUAAUAACAUAACCAAUUUAGGAACUUCCCAUGCAACCAGCCAAAAAAUUCAGAGGAAUUGGAUCUUCCCUACUUUAUUAUUAUCAAAACCUAGUGCUAGUAGUCUAUGCGCAAUUAUCGUAUGUGUUGUCAUGUUGCUCCUCUGCAUUAUUAUGGUACUGUAAUUGUCAAGAAUAUAACAUAAUACCUUGUCAACCUUUGUACGUAGUAUAUAUAAUAUUCAUGUCGUGUCUGUUUCUAUGUGAUUUUUCGGAAGAAAUCAUGUUGUUUUUCUA